AUGUCAAAAACUCAUUUAUUAAAAUUAAAUUGUUCUUGUAAAAAUAAAAAAAUUGUUGCUUAUUUGUCUUCUCAUGAUUGUCCAGAGUAUAAAAGUCUAUAUUCGGCAUCAAUAAUUUGUUCUGAAUGCAAGAUUCAAGGCAGUUCUGGAUUUAAAUUUGAAUGUUAUAUGGACGACUGUCUCAAUUUAAGAAAUGAUAAUGAUUUUUCAUGCUACCAUUGUCUAUAUAAACAUUUCGGUGACAAGCAUCUUUUGUGCAAAGCUUGUAACCCGAACGGAAUCGGAAUAUGCAAAGAAUGUUACAACGAUACAUCUCAAAGUCAACGUAAAUGCAAUCAACACUGCGAACUAAAAAUAUUAAAGUUAUCAACUGGAAAUAACUGCUUAGAUGAAUUCAUAUACAAAACACAGCAAAAUUCACGUGGUCUCAUAGACUGGUUAGAUUGGAUUGAUUAUAAACAAUUUUCCGAUAUAACUUUCCUGGCAGAAGGUGGAUUUGCUAAUGUUUAUCUGGCUGAAUGGAAGGAAGGACCACCAUCGCAAUAUCAAUGCUGGUAUGUGCCUAUUGGAAGAAAUCGUAAUACAAACACCAAGGUUGUCUUAAAAUCUUUAAAGAAUUCUAAAAAUAUGACAAAGGAAUUUCUGAAUGAACUUGACACUCAUCAUAAAUGUUUAGGCGGAUUACAUAAUUCUUUAAGAUGCUACGGAGUCACCUUUAUUCCGGAACAGAAUGAAUAUGCUUUAGUAUUAAAAUAUGCACAAAAUGGCAACAUUAGACAAUAUAUACAAAAAGAAAAUGAAAAUUUAACUUGGUAUCGACGAGUUGAAUUAUUGGAAGGAAUUGUUGAUAAUCUGAAACAUAUACACUCAAAAAAUUUUAUCCAUGGUGAUCUUCAUAGUGGAAAUGUGCUCAAAGGAAAAUUGGUUUUAGAAGGUUAUAUUAGUGACCUUGGAAUGUCACGACCUGUUGAUGAUUCAAAACCAACAUUAGAAAGCAAAACCUUCAUUCAGGAGCCAUUUACACAAGCAGAUUAA